AUGCUGCCUCUGCCAGCAGUUAAGUUUACGUAGGUCGUGGUAACGUCGCAUGGUCAGGCAGCGCUAGCGUCAACCUAGACUAAACCCUAAAACCCACUCGUUCCGAUUCCAAAAUCCCAAUGGAUAUCAUCUAAUGCUAAGAAAACACCCCAUUCGAAAACAAAGUGGUUUUAAUGUUUGUAAUUGUUCAUAACAACUAAAGGAUAUUUUGGAAAUGCCAUUCUUAACAAGUUUGGCUAAUAAAUACUUACACCAUGCCAGACAAUAUCUAGUAAAACCAAACACCAGUUUUGUCGUAUGUUGUCGUAAUGCAUCACACAAAACUGGUACAACAACACAGAACGCUGGAAAUUCCAAAGCAAAACACAGAGGAUGGAAGGUUCAGGAUGGCCAUAAAGUGCAUAGAGGAAAUAUAUUAGUCACUCAGAAUAGAACUCGUUUUCACCCUGGUCUUAAUGUUGGAUUUGGUAGAAAUGGAACUUUGUUUGCCUACUGUCCAGGCAAAGUUGUGGUAACAUGUGAAAAGACCAAUCCCAAGUGGGAUCACAGUUGGAUCAGACUUAAUUAUGGAGAAAGGCAAGGCCAGACUAUUUACAAAAAAUACUUUAAUGUUAUCCCUGAACCUGCACACAACCGCUUUAAAUUAGUUGAUAAAAUAUGAAGUCUAUUUGUAAAAUUUUAU